AUGUCUAGAUCAAAGAAGAAAGGUUUAACCAUUCUUAAGGAUUGCAUCCAAGGCAAAGCCACAGGAUGGAAAGAGAAGCUACUAUCAAAGGGUGAGAUUAAUUCUAUCAUUACUAAUUUCUGGUGGGGACAUUUGAAUGAAGAGAGAAAGCUUCAUUGGGUUAAUUGGCAGCAAGGGGGGAAUGCGGUUCAACGAUUUGGAGAGCUUCAAUUUAGCCCUCUUAGCCAAGCAAUGUUGGAGACUUAUUAUUACAAAACCCGCAUCUUUGCUUGGUCGGUUAUUGAAAGGGAAAUAUUACCAAUUCUCUUCCAUCAUGCAAGCUCAACAAAGCUCAUCCUCAUCCUGGGUUGGCAGAUGAUACUUUGGGGAAGAAGAAUCAUUGAUAAGGAUUUUCGAUGGCAUAUUGGCAAUAGUGAGUCUAUUUUAUGCAAGGUGGACAAUUGGAUCUCCAAAUCCUUUCCACAUGCUGUUUCUCUUAAGGAAGAUCAUAAUCCUUCAAUUAUCUGGGUCUCUUAG